AUGGACGAAGUCUUGCCUCCAGAAUUCCUCGAUGCUCUUCGUCUCUCCUUGAAGCCCUCGGCGGCCCUUGUCGCGACUCUCGAAGAACCUCCUCGCGCCCCCGAGAACGGCCAUGUCCGUGAGCUCAUCGAAGCGAUCCUCUGGCAUCGCAAGUUCGUCUUGACAUAUUAUGUUGUUCUCGCGCUCCUUGUUGCCCUCACAGGUGCUCAUGGACUUUACAAUAAACGGGUACGGCGGGCUCGACAAGACAAGAAGAGAUACAAGCCUAUCCCGGACACGCCGUCCUCAUCUUCCAGUACAUUGAGCGGCACCAUAACCCCUCCACAGAAACAUGAUGUUUCAGAGACAACGCCUCUCCUGGUCCAGCCAGAGGCAGAGGAUUCCAUCAAGAGGCGUUGGCGCCCUACUCUCUGGGGUGGGAUACGAUGUAUGCUCAUGCAUCAGCCUCGCCCCGUACAAUCUAUGACUGCGCCACGAAACGUGUUACCAGAUAACGGAACCACGCUCGUCGUUUUAUUGUUUCUCCUCCUCAACCUAUUUUACCUCCUUUACAGGGUGCCUCCCUCUGCCAAUGGAGUGUUCAUACUUGCAGACAGGGCUGGUCUGCUAUUCGUGGUCAAUCUGCCUGUGUUGUACCUGCUGGCAGCGAAAACCAAUCAACCAAUCAAGCUGGUCACAGGGUGGUCCUAUGAAGGACUGAACCUGUUCCAUCGGCGACUGGGAGAGUGGAUGAUAGUGUUUUCUGUCAUCCACAUGCUUGGGAUGUUUGCCGUUUGGUACGCCAUCCUGCGACCUCUCGGAUACACGCUGUUGCGAUACCUUACGGAGCGAGUCGUAUUUCUGGGCAUUGCCGCCAUUCUUUCUUAUUUCAUCAUAUACGUGACCAGUGUCGGCUGGUUCCGAUACUUAUACUACGAGGCAUUUUUGGGCCUGCACAUACUCUUUCAAGUGGCGGCGUUAGUGUUUUUGUUCUUCCAUUAUCCCACGGCGAGUCCGUACGUGCUGGCCACGUUCAUCAUCUGGGCGGUCGAUCGGAUCUUGUGGCGCAUCAGUCUAUCCAGCAAAAGGGUCAUUGCAACUCUUGAGGUAGCCCCUGAUGAACAGACCAUUCUGGUGCACUGCGAGAUUGAAUUACGCAAGAAGCUUUUUGGAAUCAGAUCGCAUCUCCACCAUGGCUGGCUUCCUGGACAGCAUGUCUUCCUGACCAUUCCGGCCUUGAGCUUCAAGAACCGCUUUCAGACACAUCCUUUCACCAUCGCAUCGCCGGCUCCUCUAAGAGACUACGACACGACCGGUGUAAAAGUAUGGCCGCUCCAACUGGUCAUCCGGUCCAUCAAUGGCUUCUCGCGCGAUCUGCUCGAAUACGCCAAGCACCACCAACACUGCGAAGUGAUUCUGGACGGUCCCCACGGCGGAGUUGAAGCACUCGAGGCCGCGCACCAUGCUGACAGGGUCUGCUUUGUUGCUGGAGGGAGCGGCAUUGCCGUCACCUAUCCGUUGGCCUGGGACGUCCGCGUCAAGCAGGACAUGCAACCCGAUGCCUUGGUCAGCACGAGAACCGUGUACGAUUUCGCUUCCGGGCUGAAGACCACUCAAGCCGUGACCGAUUGUGGGCCGAUGGCUCGAUCAUGCGCAUAUGCCCAUUUUUGGGUGCGGCAGGAUCCCCGCCAUGCACAUUGGAUCUCUAUGUUUCCUCGCGCCGCCUGUGUCCAGGGGGAUAGAAAUGAUGACGUGGAUAUCAUAAUUACAGCAAACGACGACCUCGCCAAACCUGACGGCCACCAAGAAGUGGGGUCCAUCGUAACACACGCGUUCGACACCAGAAGAUCCGGGUCCGGAUUCAGGUACGGGUCCGAGGGAGGACGGCCGGACUUGAGGACCGAGGUGUGGAACUGGGUGACUUCAACUUCCUCAACCGGCACGGUGCUGCAGGGGGACUACUGUGGGGCCUUGUCUUCGUCCACAACCCGACAGAGAUCAACAUCAUGGGACGUCGACCGUCAUUCUCGUCCGGGGCCAGAAAAAGAGAAAUUGUGCAUCGUUGUCUCCGGCCCCGAUGGAUUGGUCCGGGAUGUCCGCAACGUCGCGGCCCGACUAGUCAAGGAAGGCUGGGAUCUGGAAGUUUGGGUGGAAAAGUUCGGGUGGUAG